CCCGGCACCGGAAGUGGCCGCCCAGCUUGACUUCCGCUCCCAGGGUAAGAACCCUUGCGGCUCGCCCACCGGUUGCCAGAAAACCGCUAGGAGUCAGAUCAUGGAGGCAGCGCGCCCUCCGUCGACGGCGGGAAAGUUUGUGGUGGUUGGCGGUGGCAUCGCGGGUGUCACCUGUGCUGAGCAGUUGGCUAUUCACUUUCCAUCAGAAGAUAUUCUCCUGGUAACAGCUUCUCCUGUUAUUAAAGCAGUUACAAAUUUCAAGCAGGUUUCUAAAGUAUUGGAGGAAUUUGAUGUUGAAGAGCAACCGAAUACUAUGUUAGAAAAUCGCUUUCCCAACAUUAAGGUUAUAGAAUCCGGAGUAAAGCAACUGAAGAGUAAAGAACAUUGCAUUUUAACAGGAGAUGGCAGUCAGCAUGUAUAUAAGAAACUCUGUCUGUGUGCUGGAGCUAAGCCAAAGUUGAUAUGUGAAGGAAAUCCUUAUGUAUUAGGAAUCCGUGAUACAGACAGUGCUCAGGAAUUUCAGAAACAGCUUACUAAAGCCAAAAGAAUAAUGAUCAUAGGGAAUGGUGGCAUUGCACUUGAACUAGUGUAUGAAAUUGAAGGCUGUGAAGUCAUUUGGGCCAUUAAAGACAAAGCCAUUGGGAAUACUUUCUUCGAUGCAGGUGCAGCUGAAUUCUUGACUUCAAAGCUCAUUGCUGAAAAACCAGAGGCUAAAAUUGCACAUAAAAGAACCAGAUAUACAACUGAAGGAAGAAAAAAGGAAGCACAAACCAAAGGUAGUGCUGGCAAUAUGGGCAGUGCCUUGGGACCUGAUUGGCAUGAAGGCUUGAAUCUUAAAGGAACAAAAGAGUUUUCUCGUAAGAUUCACAUUGAAACUAUGUGUGAAGUAAAGAAAAUCUACCUUCAGGAAGAAUUUAGAAUUUCAAGGAAAAAGUCCUUGCCUUUUCCGAGAGACCAUCAUAAUCAGCCAGUCACAACUGAUAAAGAGGUAUGGCCUGUAUAUGUGGAAUUGACCAGUGAAAAGAUAUACGGCUGUGAUUUCAUUGUCAGUGCUACAGGAGUUACACCAAAUAUAGAACCUUUUCUCUGUGGCAACAAUUUUGAUCUAGGCGAAGAUGGUGGCCUGAAAGUGGAUGAUCACAUGCACACGUCUCUCUCUGAUAUCUAUGCUGCAGGUGACAUCUGCACUGCGUCAUGGCAGCCCAGCCCAGUGUGGCAGCAGAUGAGGCUGUGGACCCAGGCUAGACAGAUGGGGUGGUACGCAGCCAAGUGCAUGGCCGCAGCUACUUUAGGACAAUCUACUGACAUGGACUUCAGCUUUGAACUUUUUGCUCACGUAACAAAAUUCUUUAACUAUAAGGUUGUAUUGCUGGGAAAAUACAAUGCACAGGGCUUAGGUUCAGAUCAUGAAUUAAUGCUGAGAUGUACCAAAGGACAAGAAUACGUCAAAGUCGUCAUGCAGAAUGGGCGCAUGAUGGGAGCUGUCUUAAUUGGUGAAACUGAUUUAGAAGAAACAUUUGAAAACUUAAUUUUAAAUCAAAUGGAUCUUUCAUCAUAUGGAGAAGAUCUGCUAGAUCCCAAUAUUGAUUUAGAAGAUUAUUUUGAUUAAUAAAAGCAUUUCAAGAGCUACAUAAUGUUCCAAAUAGUACAAAGUCACAAUAAGGUAAAAUUUAAUAGAAGUGAUAAUGAUUUCAGUGGCAAAGUUUUAAAAUAUAUUUUUUCUAACUUAAAACCUAGCACUUAAUGUAAAUUUAAGUUAUUCAUUUCUAAUUUAGCUUUGGGGCAGAUUCAGCUAGGUUGUGAUCUACUUAGCCAACAACUUGGCCUGGUACACCAGAAUCAUUCUGAUUGAAAUGUUAGAGAGGGCUGUGGUUUCAAGAGGCUUAUAGUUUGGUUUUACUUCUAGAAAUGUAGCAAUAGCUUACUUACUAAUAUCAUUUGUAUUGAUACUUUAUUCCUUUUGCAUUUGGAUUCCACAGCUGUUAAGAGCUGAAAUCACCCCCUUUGUAAUAAGCCUAUAUAAAAUAUUCCACGUAAUAACACUGCUAUCAACAGUUAGUUAUGUAAAAAUAAUACGAGUUUAUGUGAACUUUAGUUUACAUUUUUCUCAUUUUAUACUGUCAAUUUUUAUAAAUCAUGAUCUCAAGCGUUCAAGCCUUCAAUAUUAAUGAAAUUGUCUUAAACUACAAAAUAAUGGUGUAUAUGUACAUAAAAUGUUUUCUUGGAAAAUUCGGAAACACUCUUAGAUUGCUGAAGUAUGUUUGCAGACUUUUGGAAGUUACCUGAAUUGUUUUCUUUCCUCUUUAUCAGCUCCUUUAGCAUGAUACGUUUGAAGUGAUUCAGUCUACAAACAAAAACACACACUUUGGUAAAAACUCAGCUGUUGCAUUUUCUCUUCAGAUUAAUAGUCCCCCUGGGUCCUUCUAUAUUGGUUAGCUCUUAAGUGUCAGUGGCCUAGUUUUUUUGUCUUCAAAUAUCUACUCAAAUAUGAGCCCUAUCUUGAAGGGAUAUGUUGUCUGAGAAACCCUAAAUCUAUGGACACAGUGGUACACAGCAUGGUUUCACAGGCUUGAGAGUAUUGGUUCCACCUUUGCUGCGCAGGCAGAUUUCUCAACCAGUGUUGAUCACAGCCGGUAUUGUGAACAAGUCCUCUGCCUACUUCAGGAUCUUGAUUAGAUCUCUGCAGUAUGCUGUUAGAUGUUUCAUCUUUCACAUGCUGUAAUGAAAUAGGCAACUGGGAUUUGGGAAUUACAAGCACAGGCUAUUCUAGUUAUUAAACUGGCUUAAAAUGAGUCCUCAACAUGAGCCACCCUAAACACUGAUUUGUUAAUUUGUUCUGAACUAAAAUUAGGAUAUUCCUCAAGGCUGUCACUAAACUGUUAUAGUCUCUGUAAGACAUUGUUGAAUUUACAGAGAUGUAAAGAAAAGAACCUGGUUACCAGAAGGCCUUUGGAUAUGCUCUAGGAACCAGAGUGUCUGCCAGACAUGAUUGAGAGAUACUUAGAAUCAGCCUAUUGUUCAUAUUUACCUGAUUUGUGCUCAUUACACAAUAUUCUGGAAACUGUGGCUUCCUAGGUACACUGUUUAGAGACAAGAAUGUCCUCAUCAUCAGAUAUUCCUAAUUAUUGAUUCUAGUACCCUGAUUUAUAUAUCAGACUCUUGUUAACUGGUGAGUAUAGCACAGCAUAAGAAACUCAGAAGUUUCUCUGGCUGCAAAUUUAAGACCAUAGUUACCUUCACCCACCAGGUGUCAGAACUCUGUGAGGGGGAACUGGUUAGUCCAGCUCUUCAGAUACAACAAACAUGCAGGAAGAAAAAAAGUUCAACUACAGCACCCAAACACUGCUAUGUAUAUUAGUGUCUUAUGAGUGAUUAGCCAUUACCUGGUUCAAAAAUAAUUCACUCUUUUGCAUGGAAUUUCUCUUUCCAAUCAGCCACUAUAAACUCUUAGAGAUUAGCCUUUUCUUAAAUAGCAUUUCUAUUCAGAGGGAUUUAAACUUUUCCCUUCAUUUCUUAAAAAUUUAACAUGCCCUUAGUACAGCAAUAUAGAUCCAUACACAUACCACUUAUCCUUUUAUCCUUUUCUUAUUUUACUGUUUUAAAACUGUGUUACUUUUGAAUCUAGAAAAUGCUGUUCACAGCUUGCUUAAUCUUUUAAAUCCAUUUUGGGAUCUAGUAUUGCCCCCAUGUAGUCCUAGCUAUAUAUAUUAGCCUAUAAAGAUUUAAAAACAAUGAACUAGGGAGUGUUCCAAUCCAAGAUGGCAACAUAGGAAGAUCCUGAACUGGGCGCACCAAAUCUACACCUGUUUGUAGGCAAUUCCUCUUGAAGAACUGAGGACUGACUUAACAGCUUCUGUACAAUAAAAGAUACACCACACAGAGAACAGCAAGAGAGACAGACAUGGUAAUCCACGGUACCCACCCCUGAUGCUGCAAACUAUAGUGGGGAGGAUAGUAAUGAGGUACCAGGAGCAGAUUCAUCUACCCUGGGCCACAGAAAAUAAAAGCCCUAGCUUAAAAGAGUAACUAGAAUAUAAAGUAGCCCUUGAACCCUGCUAAACGGGAGGGGAGCUGCUGCAACUCUCUCUGGGUUGGAAGGUCUAAUAUGUGCCACAGCUUAUGCACCCUCCCACAACCUUGACAGCAUAGAUGGGAGCAGGGUCCAGGUGUCCUAACCAGCCUGCCACCUCAGUAAGCCCUGACACCAGCCCCAGCUGUCCCACCAAGACAGCCCUAUGGUGGUGCACACCAGGAAGCCCUGGUCGGCGCUCACUAUAGCUCCACCUAUCUCACCACACUGAGGCAGGCACAAAGCACACUGGAACACUUCAGACCUGCACCACUGUGGUUUCAGACAGCUUUUCAGCACACCCCCAGCUGAUGCCUUUUUUCAGCUCCAGCUGCCCUGCCAGGACACCCACACUUGAGCUUCCUUGCAGGGCACCCUCCAUACAGAGAACCCUAGAGUGACCCCAGCCUAUGCCUAUUUCAGCUAUAAUUGUCCAAGUUGUCCCCUUUACAAAGCACCCAGUGACGUGCCCAGCCAGCAACCCACCUCAGCUCCAACUGCCCCCAUCAAAGUACCUUCUGCACAUCCCAGAACACCCCAGCUUACACCCACUUAGAUUUCAGCCAUCCUGUCAGGGUGCCCUCUGCACGGAGAACCCCAGGACUACCCAUGGCUUGCGCCCACUUCAGCAUUUGCUUUCCUGCCAGGGCACCCCAUGCCAAGAGCCUCAGGACCCACCCCCAGCCCACACGAACUUAAUCUACCACUUUUCUACCAGGGCAGCCCCAGCAGGGGGUACACUGCAACCCCCAUCCCAUGCCAGACAGCAAAAGUCACCAGAUAUAUACAGUCUACACAGAGGACAACCACACAUAAAGACCAUUCCUUCAAGUUUAGGAGGAGUAGCUCUUCUGCCUAAUUCAUAGAAACAAACACAAAGUUAGCAAAAUGAGACAGGAAUGUGCUCUAAAUGAAAGAACAAGACAAAACCUCAGAAAAAGAAAUUAAUGAAAUCAAGAUAAGCAAUAUGCUUGAAGAAUUUAAAGUAAUUGAUCAUAAAGAUGUUCACUGGACUACAGAUAAGAGUGGGAGAACUCCAUGAGAACUUUAACAAAGAACUGGAAAAUAAAAACCAGAGUUGAAGAAUACAACUGAAAUGAAAACUACAUUAGAGGGAAUCAAAAGUAGAUUAACGAUGCAGAAGAAUAAUCUGGAAGAUGGGGUAAUGGAAAGCAGCCAAACUGAACAGCAAAGAUAUAUUUUUUUUUCUUAAGUAAAAUCUAUGCCCAGCGUGAGGCUUGAACUCACAACUCUUUGAUCGAGUCGCAUGUUCUACCUACUGAACUAGUCAGCUGUCCCCCUCCUGCCACCCGCCCCAAAUAAAGACUUUUUAAAAAUGAGGAUAGGUUAAGGGAUCUGUUGACAACAUCUAGUGAACAAACAUUCAUAUUAUAAGGACUCCAGAAGGAGAGAAAGGGGCAGAAAUUUAUUUGAAGAAAUAAUAGCUGGAAAUUUCCCAACCUAGGGAAAGAACUAGACAUCCAGAUUCAGGAAGCAUUUUAGAGCCCCACCCCUAAGAUGAACUCAAGGUCCACACCACAACACAUAAUUAAAAUGUCAAAGGCUAAAGAGAGAAUUGUAAUAGUAAGAAAGAAGGAAACCCCUUAAAAACUCUCAGCUGAUUUUUCAGCAGAAACUUUGCAGGCCAGAAGAGUGGCAUUAUACAGUCAAAGUGCUGAACAGAAAAAAACAAAAACAAAUAAAAAACCCUACAAUCAAGAAUACCUGACAAGAUUAUCAUUCGGAAUUCAAGGAGAGAGAGUUCCCAUACAAAAGGUAAAGGAAUUUAUCACCAUUAAACUGGCCUUCCAAGAAUGCGAAAGGGACUUCUUUAAAUGGAAAAGAAAAAAACAUAUUAGACAUAAGGAAACUAUAUAUAAAAAGAUGUAAAACUGGCAAUAUAAACAUAAACCAUGGAGAGGGGAGUGAAAAGGAAGUUCUUUUCGAAUGUGUUAUAAAUGCCCAUGAAUUCAGUAUAGACUGCUUUAUAUUUAGGAUGCUCUUUAUGAACCUCAUGCUAACCACAAACCCAAAACCAAAUUAGGUUAAAAGAAAAAAAGAAAAAAAAAGGAAAAAGUACAGUAUAUGGGAUAUAGUCAGUGGUAUUUUAACAGUGUUGCAUGGGGACAGAUGGUAGCUACAUUUGUGAUGGUCACAGCAUAACAGAGUUGCUCAAUGAUUAUGUUGUACUUGUAAUAUUGUGUCAACUACACUCAAAGUGAAAAAAAAGGGGGUGCCUGAGUGGCUCAGUAGGUUAAAUUAAGUGUCUUGAUUUUGGCUCAGGUCCUCAUCUCACAGUUCAUGAGUUUGAGCCCUGCUUUGGGCUCCUCUCUCCCCCUCCCUCACUCUGUGUCCCUCCCCUACUCAUUCUCUCUCUCUGUCUCUCUCUGUCAAAAUAAAUAUUAAAAAAAAAAAAAAAAGAAAGAAAUGAAAUGAGGGGUUCCUGGGCAGCUCAGUUGGUUAAGGGUCCAACUUCAGCUCAGAUCAUGAUUUCAUGGUUCGUGAGUUCGAGUCCUGUGUCCGGCUCUGUGCUGACAGCUCAGAGCCUGGACCCUGUUUCAGAUUCUCUGUCUACCUCUCUCUCUGCACCUCCCCCCUCACACUCUGUCUCAAAAAUAAACAUUAAAAAUUUUUUUUAAUGAAAAAGAAGAGAAAGCCAAAUAUAACACUACAGAAAGUCAGCAAUCACAAGGAAAGCUAGGAACAGAGAAAAGCUACAGAAACACCCAGAAAACAAUCAACAGAAUGACAGUAAGUAUACAGCUAUUAAUAAUUGCUUUAAGUGUAAAUGGUCUAGGGGUGCCUGAGUGGCUCAGUCGGUUAAGCGGCCUAAGCGGCCGACUUCAGCUCAGGUCAUGAUCUCUCAGUCCAUGAGUUCGAGCCCCGCGUCGGGCUCUGUGCUGACAGCUGAGAGCCUGGAGCCUGUUUCAGAUUCUAUGUCUCCCUCUCUCUGACCCUCCCCUGUUCAUGCUCUGUGUCUCCCUGUCUCAAAAAUAAAUAAAACGUUAAAAAAAAAUUUUUUUUUAAAUGUAAAUGGUCUAAAUGUUCCACUCAAAAGACAUAGGAUGGUGGAAUGGAUUAAAAAAUCAAGACUCAUCUAUCUGUUGCCCAAGAGACUUGCUUUGGGCCUAAAGACACAUACAGACUGAAAGUGAAGGGAUGGAAAAACUUAUUAGGCAAAUGAAAGCAAAAAGAAAAGCCAGAGUAGCAGUUAAACUUUAAAACAGACUGUAACAAGAGUUAAAGAAGGGCAUCACAUAAUAAUAAAGGUACCUAUCCUAUCUAUGCACCCAACAUACGAAUCUAGAUACAUAAGGCAAACAUAAGCAGACAAAGGGAAAAAUUAAUGGUAAUGUAGUAAUGGUAGGGAACUUUAACUCUCCACUUAUAUCAAUGGAUAGAUCAUAAAGGCAGAAAGUCAACAAGGACAUUGUCUGUGAACAACACAUUAGACUAGAUGCACACAAUAGACACAUACAGAACAUUCCAUCCAAAAGAGCAGAAUACACAUGCUUUCAAGUGCACAUGGAGCAUUCUCUAGAACAGAUAGCAUUAGGGGACAAAAUAAGUCUAAAUAAAUUUAAGAAGACUGCAUCUUUUCUGAACACAACAGUAUGAAACUAGAAGUCAAUCUAAAGAAAAAAAAAUAUACACGUGGAGGGUAAACAACAUGCCACUACACAAAAAAUACAUGGAGACAAAGGGAAACGGAAACACAAUGGUUCAAAAUCUUUGGGACACAGCAAAAGCUGUGCUAAGAAAUUUAUAGCAAUAGAAGCCUACCUCAAACAACAAGAAACUUAACCUUACGCCCAAGGGAACUAGAAAAAGAACAAAACCGAAGAUAAGUAGAAGGAAGGAUAUAAUGAAGAUAAAAGAAGUAAAUGAAACAGAGUUUAAGAGAAACAAAGAUCAAGGAAACCAAGAACUGGUAUUUAGAAAAGAUAAAUGAAAUUGAUAAACCUUUACCCAGAGUCAUUGAGAAAAAAUAAGACAGGACCCAAAUAAAAUCAGAAAUGAAAGAGAAGUAACAACUGACACCAUAGAAAUACAAAAGCUUGUAAGAGUAUUAUGAAAAAUUAUAUGCCAACAAUUGAAGAACCUAGAAUAAAUAGGUAAAUUCCUAGAAACCUAUAAUUUUCCAAAACUGAAUCAGGGAAAAUGGAAGUCUGAACAGACCAAUUACUAGGAACAAUACAGAAGUGAUAAUCCAAAAACUACCAAUAAAGGUCCAAGAUCACAUGCAUUCAUAGGUAAAUUCUACCCAACACUUAAAAAAGAGUUAAUGCUAAUCAUAAUAUUACCAUAAACUUAGUGGCUUAAAAAAACACAAAUUUAUUAUCUUGCAUUUCUAUAGGUUAGAAGUCUGACAUGGGUCUCCCUAGAUUAAAAUCAAGGUGUCAGCAGGGAUGGAUUUCUUUUGGAGGCUCUAGGGAAGAAUCUGUUUCCUUGUCCUUUCCAGUUUCUAAAGUUAAUUCUCCUCAAACUAUACCAAAAAAAUAGAAGAGAAAGGAAA